AAUGGUGGUCAUCCAGCAAUAAUGGGGUUUAUAUUGGCUGAUAGGGCUAGAGAAAUGGCUGCUGCAACACCUCUUGUACGGAAAGAAGCACUAUGUGCUCACUAUGCCUGGGUGUUUGGGACAGAUGAUUUCCUACGUCCUGUAGAUUAUAGAGAAUAUAAUUGGAUGGCAGAUCAGUAUUCUGGCGGAUGUUACAGUUCAGUGAUGCCCCCAAAUGUCAUAACAAAAUAUGGAAGAUGUUUGUGGGAGCCAGUUGGUCGUGUAUAUUUUGCUGGUACACAGACUGCCACUAUGUGGCCAGGAUAUAUGGAUGGUGCUAUACAAGCAGGAGAAAGGGCAGCUAACCAGAUUCUCUACGCAGAUGGUAAAAUUUCAUCAUAUGAAAUAGAUACAGUUGAACCUGAAUCACAAGACUACCCAGCAAAACCAAUUCCCUUCAGUUAUAUAGAACAUUAUCUUCCCAGCAACACGGCAGUUCUACGAUUUGGUAUAGCUAUCACGUUAGGUUUUUUCGGAUUUAGUGCAUAUGUGUUUUUCUUCAGCUGGAAAGGUGCAUUAUUUUGGAAGUGGUUCCAAUGGAAGUAUGAUCUUGAUGAAAAAGACAUGUGGAAGUUGUCCAAAUAUUUUAAAAUACCAUCUCGAUUUUACAGGCAUGUUAAAAAUUAGAUUUGACAUGUUUAUUGGGAUUAUAUGUUGCAAUUUUUUUUGGUUUCAUAUAUUACAUCAAAAUGUCAAACUUUUAAUAUUUAGAAUGAUUACUUUGAAACAACAUGAUUUAUUAUUUAUGGAAAAUUUUAUAUGUUUGUAAAAAAAAGAAAUAAAAAUCUACCUUAUGUACUAAUUAUGUACAUGUGUCUCACAAUAAUCUUCUGUUAAAACCAGAAUAAAUCUGAACCUUUAAUGUGGUUCAUUCAAGGCAUAGUUUUGAAAUAUCUAUUUGUUGAUUUAGUUUAUGAAUGUUUUUUAACCUAUACACAUUACUUUAUAUACAUCUAUGUAGAUUUUAUACUUGUCGAGAGGUCUCCAAUGUUUGCUUGAUGAGAGGCCAAGUAAAUUGAAUUGCUUUUGCAACGAAAUUUUUAUUGGUUUUCUUUUAGUAAAUAUACACUUUCUGUUUCCUAAUAAAUUUAUAUCUUUGUUU